GCAGAGAAUGUCGGCUAGUGCUGCUCCAGGAAUUGAUAAUAUUAAUUUCUUUGAAGAAUUUACAUGCUACUUUGAUAUUUUAUGGACGUUCUGAUUAGACAGCAGUUUUAAGGAAAACAAUAUAUGCACACAAUAGGAAUUUAAAGCGAUCACAAUAAACUGCUGAGACACAGGUUGAAACCCAAGAUGAAAUCCAGCUCCCUUACUUCACAGCAGCUGCAGCUUAUUGUGCUGAGAGUCAUGCUGGUUUACCAGUUCUGUAAUGCAGUGAUGUCACAGUGCAGGAUUCUCAGAUGCAAUUCUCAGUUUGUUUCUGCUACGUCCCGUCUCGAAGCUUCUUUGAAUGAAGACUACUGCAUUGCCUUACGAUCUUACUCGCGCUGUACCCAACGAACUGCUUGGUUCUGCCGCGGGGACCUGGCCUACCACUCUGCUGUGCAAGGGAUUGAGGAUUUAAUGAUCCAGCAUAACUGCUCCAAGGAGGGAGAAGUCUCGUUACCACGGCGACGGGAGCCAGCGGAUAAUCAGGAAAAUCCACACCUGCCAGACACCUGCACAUACGAGAAGAGUUUCUACUUCAAGCAGCGCCAAAAGCCAACCUACCUCUACUGUGGCAUCUUUGGGAACCUCCACAUCCGCACAUUUCACAAUGAUUUUCAGACAUGCCGAGUUCAGGGCGCGUGGCCAGUGAUUGACAACAAUUACUUAUCUCUGCAAUUGACUAAUGCACCAAUCUCAUCACAUCAUAACAUCUCAGCAAUCAGUAAGGUCACAGCUAUUUUUAAGAACUCCAAGGAAUGCAUAGACCAGAAAGUGUAUCAAGCUGAAAUCGGCAACGUUCCUGCUGCGUUUGUUGAUGGCUCUGUAAAUGGUGGUGAUAGAAAUGGGGCCAACAGUCUGGUUAUCAAGAGAAAGCUAAAGGCCAGCCACGUGGAGAUCCAGGCCAGUUACAUUGGCACAACUCUGAUAGUGCGGCAGGUGGGACAACACCUGAGCUUUGCCAUCCUCAUGCCAGAGGAAGUGGCCAGUUCACACACAGAGGAGCAGGACCUGCAGCUCUGCUUAUCAGGAUGUCCACUAACAGAGAGGCUUCCCUGGAGCUCCCUCUUCCAUAAUGCACAAAGGGCCAAAGCCAAGUGCAAGGAAGGUCUUCUGGUCGAAGAUGCCUACUUCGAGUGUUGUGUCUUUGAUAUCCUGGUGACUGGUAAUCCUAAUAUUUCAAUGGCAGCAUUCAAGGCUGUGGAAGAUGCAAAAGCUUUAUAUCCAGAUAAGGAGCUGCUUCAUGUUUUCAGGAACUGCGUGCCUGUCAGAACAACCCCUGGCCGCCUUCUACUGUUUGCUUCUGUGCUGUGGGUGCCCUUCUGCAACAAGGACAUUUUCUUCCAAAUCCUGGGUUUCUAAACACUGUGUCGGUGCAUGAUGUUGCACUGGAAUCUGUCGUACUUACCUAUAAUGAAAACCAAUCUGAGAAGUGGACCCAGCAUUGCAGCCUGUUGAAAUCAAUGUAAUGCUGCUAUUUCAGUCAUUUGGCCUCUGAUGUUUAACCCAUAAAUACUUGAUUGUAGCAGAUAGUCGUGAAUGUUGCCAUGCUGGUGUAGUCAGGUUGGCUGCUAUACCCACUUCUCAGUCUUGUCAGAUAUCCACUCUGUCCAGUAUCCACCCAUACACAGUCCAAUCAAAUGUUUUCCAGUGCCUAUUUUCUGCUCAAAGAUACAGUCCUAUAGAGUUCUCCCUUAUACACAGCCACGCCAGGCAAUCGUCACUACAUAGUCUCUGUACUGGCAUAAUUUUGCCUCAAAGACUCUUGUCUAGUACGCAACGCUGUUUACCUUAUUUAGAGAUACAACAUAGUACAGGUCCUCCUGGCCUAACCAGCACACACUGCCCGAUUACACCCCUGUGAUCAAAUAACCUACCAAACUGCACGCCUUUGGAAUGUGGAAGGAAACCCAUGUGGGCACGGGAAGGAAACAUAGAAACAUAGAAAAUAGGUGCAGGAGUAGGACAUUCGGCCCUUUGAGCCUGCACUGCCAUUCAGGAUGAUCAUGGCUGAUCAUCCAACUCAGAACCCUAUACCUGCCUUCCCUCCAUACCCCCUGAUCCCUUUAGCCACAAGGGCCAUAUCUAACUCCCUCUUAGAUAUAGCCAAUGAACUGGCCUCAACUGUUUCCUGUGGCAGAGAAUUCCACAGAUUCACCACUCUCUGUGUGAAGAAGUUCUUCCUAAUCUCGGUCCUAAAAGGCUUCCCCUUUAUCCUCAAACUGUGACCCCUCGUUCUGGACUUCCCCAAAAUCAGGAACAAUCUUCCUGCAUCUAGCCUGUCCAAUCCCUUUAGGAUUUUAUACAUUUCAAUAAGAUCCCCCCUCAAUCUUCUAAAUUCCAAUGAGUAUAAGCCUAGUCGAUCCAGUCUUUCAUCAUAUGAAAGUCCUGCCAUCCCAAGAAUCAAUCUGGUGAACCUUCUUUGUACUCCCUCUAUGGCAAGAUUGUCUUUCCUCAGAUUAGGGGACCAAAACUGCACACAAUACUCCAGGUGUGGUCUCACCAAGGCCUUGUACAACUGCAGUAGUACCUCCCUGCUCCUGUACUCAAAUCCUCUUGCUAUGAAUGCCAUCAUACCAUUCGCCUUUUUCACCGCCUGCUGUACCUGCAUGCCCACUUUCAAUGACUGGUGUAUAAUGACACCCAGGUCUCGUUGCACCUCCCCUUUUCCUAAUCGGCCACCAUUCAGAUAAUAAUCUGUUUUCCUGUUUUUGCCACCAAAGUGGAUAACCUCACAUUUAUCCACAUUGAAUUGCAUCUGCCAUGAAUUUUCCCACUCACCUAACCUAUCCAAGUCACCCUGCAUCCUCUUAGCAUCCUCCUCACAGCUAACACUGCCGCCCAGCUUCGUGUCAUCCGCAAACUUGGAGAUGCUGCAUUUAAUUCCCUCAUCCAAGUCAUUAAUAUAUAUUGUAAACAACUGGGGUCCCAGCACUGAGCCUUGCAGUACCCCACUAGUCACUGCCUGCCAUUCUGAAAAGGUCCCGUUUAUUCCCACUAUAUAAUAUAAACAACUUUCAUACAGUGGUGGAAUUGAAGCCGGGUCACUUUUGCUGUAAUAGCAUUAUGCCAACCGUUAGGUUACUGUAUAAUUAAAUAUCUAUUUAUACUCAAUGUAAAGCAGGUGUUCACUUGUAACGUCAGAUAUUUAACCAGUCCAUGAAAUCACUCUCUCUCAGAUUUACAAAUCUGUAAAAUCAGCCUUGCAUCAAAGCAAUGAAGACUCCUCAUUGAUGGGAUGGAAGGAGCGGGCUGGCAUACCAAGGUCACAGAGGUAAGAGGGGAGCAAACAAAAUAUCAUAAAAGGUGCAAACCCAAAAUAAAGUUAAAAAAUGCUAGAAAUGCUCAUCAGGUCGGGUGGCAUCUGCGGAGGGAGGAAAAUGAACAAGUGUGCUGAGCAGUGUGGAAGUCCUGGGCCAUUCAGAACCAAUUACACUAACCAGCAAGAUCUAUUGCAAUACAACUGCUGCAAUUUCAUAAGUUGACGGUUUAAUGAAUGAGAAUCCAAGCCAGGUUGGGAUAUACGGACACAUUGGUAUGUGGCCAUGAGACAUUCUUAAAACUUUUGUAGGUAGCCCUUCAAAUCCAGGGGCAUCCUGAUUUUCUCUUUCUACUCGUUAUUGAUGGUUGAACAUGUCCAAACAUGACUAAGAGGAUAAUUUCAAGAGCAUACGAUCAGAACUGUUGUUUUAAAUGAAUGCCAACGUGAAAGUUAAAGCAAUAAAUAACACUGAAGAUGCCUUGACUCAGCCAACUGCAGCUGAUAGAUUUCAGCCAGGCAACAGAAACCUUUGUGCAAAAGCCACAAGAAAGGACGGUGUACCAUUCUACACUAACAUAUGGAAGCAACUGUUGGACAAUAUCAAAGCAAAAUGAGGGAAGGCUCAAAGCUGCAGAGAUGUGUUUUUUCAGAAAGGUGAUGAAAAUAUUAUGGAAAAUAUUAUGGAAGGACAGAGGAACAAAUGAGGAAAUGUUGCGAAAAGCCUGAAUAAGAAGAGAGCUGAUAUCAUCAAUCAGGAAAUGGCAGAUGGAAUUUCUGGGAUGUGGACUAAGGAAAGAGAAGCUCGAACAUCUUGCAGUGACAGGAAAAAUUGAUGGAAGAAAGUCGCAGUCGAGAGCGUAUGACAUUCAUGAGUGACAUCAAGAAAUGGGCAGACAAAAGUUUUGAAAAACUUAUUAGAACUUCUCAGACGAAAAACAGAUGGAAGACCGUGGUCGCCUACAUCAUCCGUAGCAAAAUGAUGAUGAUGUACAAAUAAUGUGGCUAAGGUGACUUCAACAGAGGUGUAUGAAACCCUUGCUUUCACCUGAGUGACUUUUUGACAUGGUGGAAAUCAACUGUGAUUAAAUUGUUUCACAAAGUAGGCAUGAUUCUGGGGACUCCAUUAGCACAAUUGGACAGCAACAUUCACCAAAUUAGCAUGCUAGCAGAAGGAAAAACUGACCUGAUUACUGACUGUGGAAAAUUGUUGUUAAUAUAACAUGUUGUGCUUCCCAUUUUAACUAAGUCCCCUUCCAUACAGAUCGUUUGUGAUGAUGCCGGGGGUGGGGGGGGGGUGACUUUUAUGGCAUAUAUAUAUCAGUUCUGUUACCAAAUUUUCUGCUUUAUUUUAAAUACAUCUGCUACUUUUAACAAGAUCUUUCAUACAACGAACACACAGUUUGCAGAAUGUUCGUGUUUGUUCAUCCAUUAAUUUCUCCUCAGCAACUUAACAUCAGCAAUUAACAUUCUAACAUGCAUCCCCACAAACUCAACAGCCUGCAAUGCCAGGGGUUACUCUGAGAAAUCCAGAAUGCACAAUGGAAUAUUAGAUAUAGGGAUGCAGAGAGAAAAGAAGAUUUUACACGAGUGCAAUCUUUUCAAAGGAUACUCUCCGUCAUUUAUUUGUAAUAAAAAUUGCACCAACUUCUGUAGCUCUGCAGAUAGUUCAGAAUGUAUGUAUUCUCCAUCAGUUUGGUAUCCCCUGCAAAAGAACUCUACAACACCAUGUGCUUUGCAUUGUAUUUAAUGAGUAACAACAAAAAGAAAAGCCUUCAAUGACCGUGGCCAUCUUUUUAAGGUGAUUAGUUAAAUGGAAGGUUUUUAUAGCCUUCCAUAGCCCCUACCUAGCCAUAAACACAAAUAUCCUAUAAUUCAAAGCUAGAGCUUCCAUUUCCACUUGAUAGAACUGCUCAAGGCAUGGUUCAACCCUUUACCUUCUAACUCAGUGGUGAAAUUGUGAUAAUAGAGCCAAAAUCUUUGUCAUGAUCGUUGAAAAUGCAAUUAAAAGUUUCACCAACUGUGGGUCAUUUCUACAGACGCAAUUCUCUUCACAUUAUCUAAUCAUAUAUCUUGGCCAAUAUUUUUCCAGGUAAGUGAUGGUAAAUUGUGCCACACAUUACCAAUAGAAAAUAAGGUAGAAUUCAGAAGAAUUGAGUAACAUGGGCAACUGAUGCAAGUUACAAAUCACCAUGAAUUGCUUGGUAAUCUGUGUCAUGGCAUCAUUAGCCUCGUUAAUUGACUGAUGACGGGUUUCAACUCUUUUCCCCCCACAGAUGCUGCUCAGUCUGCUGAGUUCCUCCAGCAGAUUCUCUGUACGUUAUACCGCACAUUUAUCGUUAGCCAAUGAUCCUUAGAGAACCACUAGGUAUCCUCCACUGGCUCCCCAGCUUCUUCCUCUUGCAUCUGACUUUCCACUCUGAUGAUUUCACCAGAGUCCAGUGAUACAGCACAACUGUAGCAAGCAAAGGAGCUGAAUAGUUGUAUAAGAAUUACAUCCCAUUCAUCUGUAUAGGCUUGCUGACCUUAUUAAAAAGCUAGGAGCAGGUGCAUCAUUUAUUCACUUUACAUAAUCUUUUUUUUAAUUACUUGUACUUUAAACUCAAAUCAAUCUUUGUCAUUUUGAUUUUAAAAUUAUAUUUUGCAAUUAUUUAAACCUACUUGAACA